UAGUAGGAAGGGCACAUAACCCAAUGCCAUGUGGUGCGUCUGGAGUAUUACGGUAAAAGAUUGAGAGGCAGGCUACUCCAUCAAAGAAAUUAUCAUGGGCAAGAAGUUGAAAGUUGGAAAGGCAAGAAAGGAUAAAUUUUAUCAUCUUGCAAAAGAAACAGGUUAUCGAUCAAGAGCAGCAUUCAAACUUAUCCAACUCAACCGCAAAUAUGAAUUCCUGCAAAAAUCCCGUGUCGUGAUCGACUUGUGUGCUGCCCCAGGUGGAUGGCUUCAAGUGGCAGCAGAGCACACACCUGUGUCUAGCCUUAUUGUUGGAGUGGAUCUGGUUCCAAUUCGUCCCAUUCAUCGUGUAAUCACCCUUCAGGAAGAUAUUACCACAGAUAAAUGUCGACAGGAUUUAAAGAAGGAAUUACAGACCUGGCAGGCUGACUGUGUGUUAAAUGAUGGUGCACCGAAUGUUGGCAAAAGCUGGGUUCAUGAUGCUUAUCAGCAAGCUGAGCUGACACUACAUGCUUUAAAGCUUGCUACCGAAUUUCUUCGCAAAGGAGGCUGGUUUGUGACCAAGGUUUUCCGCUCAAAGGAUUACUUCUCAUUAAUGUGGGUCUUUCAACAGCUUUUUAAGCAUGUCUUUGCAACCAAACCACAGGCUUCAAGAAAUGAGUCUGCAGAAAUUUUUGUUGUUUGUGAGAACUACCUUGCACCAGAUAAACUUGAUCCCAAGUUUCUGGACCCAAAGUAUGUCUUUAAAGAUGUUGAAGAAGAUGUUAAACAGACCAUCAAUCUCAUACAUCCCGAGAAGAAACAGAGGCAUCGUGAGGGCUAUGCAGAAGGUGAUUACACAUUGUACCAUGUUUUGAAUGCAUCAGAAUUCCUGAAGAGUGAAGAUUUCUUGGAAAAACUCGCAGCUUCAAAUGAGAUUGUUUUGGAUGAAACAAGAAUAUCGGAGCAUCCUGCAACGACCAUAGAGAUUAAGGAAUGUUGCAAGGACAUUCGCGUUUUGGGGAAAAAGGAUAUUAGAUCUCUUUUGUCAUGGAGAAAAGUGCUCAUAAAAGACUUUCAAAAAGCAGAAGCUGAGCAAGAACAAGCUAAAAAUGAAAGUGCAGAAGGAAAAGCUGAAGAAGAGUUGAGUGAGAAUGAAGUUGAAGAACAGGAAAUGCAAGAAAUUUUGGCCAAAGCAAAUGAAGAAGAGCUUAAACAGCUUAAAAGGAAAAAGAGGAAGACAAGAAAAAUGCAGUCUAAACUGCGCCAGAAAAUGGACUUAAAGAUGAUCCUUCCUAAUGAUCGUGUUGACUAUGGUGAUGAUGCUGGUGUUUUCAGUCUUAAUAAGAUCCGUAAUCAACAGCAAUUAGAUCAAGUUCAGGAGGGAGAUCUGAGCUUCAUGGAUAAAGAUAUUUUGGAAGAAGAAGAAGAAGAAGAAGAGAGUGCCCAAAAGAAACAAAGACUGAUGGCAGCAUAUGAUCGCGCUUCUAAAGAUCAUCUUGAUGAUGGAGAUUACUCAAGUGGUGAGGAGGGAGAGGAAGAGCCAGAGUUUGAUGAUGAUGACAACUUCCCUGAAGAGACAAAAGAUAUAGGCGAUGACUCGGAUGGUAACCCACUGGUAGUGGAUUUGGAAACAAGGAGCAGCCGGACCAAAAAUCGAAUAGCCUCAUGGUUUAAUAAGGAGGUAUUUGAUGGUCUGGAAAAAGAAGAAGAUGAGGACAUUGAAGUUGAGCAGAUGACAGCAGAUUAUGAAAAGCAAGGUGGAACUGUUGUUGCUAAAAAAGAAGAACAAAAGUCAUCAACAAAGAAAGUUCACUUUGUCUCUGAAGACUCACAAGAGGGUCUGUCCUCUGAUUCAGAUCAUGAUUUGAAUUCUGAUUCUGACUCAGAUUAUGAAAUUGAGGAAGUCAUAAAACCUGAAUUGCGAGGGUCAAAAGAUGCCAAAAUUGAUCAGAAAGCUGGAUUUGAAGUGGUCCCUAUUGAUGAAUCAAAAAAGUUGGACCCUACUGGUCUUGCAGUAGGAGCAGCUAUGACACACUCCAAGAAAAGAAAGCGAGAGAUCAUUGAAAGUGCCUACAACAGGUAUAUGCGUGACGAUGAAAACCUUCCAGACUGGUUUGUCAAGGAUGAGGCUCGACAUUGUCAAAGGCAGCUUCCUGUUACCAAGGAAGAAGUACAAGAAUACAUGAUGAAGAAGAAAGCUAUAAAUGCACGUCCCAUCAAGAAGAUUGCAGAAGCCAAAGCCCGGAAGAAAAGAAAGACGAUAAAGAGGCUGGAAAAAGCUCGUAAAAAGGCAGAAGUUAUUAGUGAUGCUGUGGAUGUAUCUGAUAAAGAAAAAAUGCAUCAGAUCAAACAGAUUUAUAAAAAGGCAGGGCUCCUUAAGAAUCAGAAGCAAGAAGUGACUUAUGUGGUAGCUAAGAAAGGAUCGGGCAAGCGCGUGAGACGUCCUCCAGGCGUGACAGGAAAAUUCAAAGUUGUGGAUCCAAGAAUGAAAAAGGAUAAACAAGCCAGCAAGACAAAAAAACAGACUGGGAAAGGCAAGGAUAGAAAGAAGAGAAGACAGCGUUAAAGAUGUAGCAUGGGUAUAGUGAUAAAAUGUGAUUUGCUUUUAUGCUUUGUCUUGCACAGUGGGUUACCAACACAUGAAGACUACAUUGUCUACUUCGUAAAUUCUGCUGAUACCUGCCGAUAGUCCAAAGGCUAAAUACAAAAUAUAAUCUCAAUGAUUGGAAAGUUCAUUUGACAUUAACCAAAAUAACUUAUUGAUGCAUUUAUCUUGUUGAUGGAGGUACAGCCAGCUUCAGCCUGGUGAGCUCAACUUUGGAGUGGGGUUAUAAAGGAAUAUGUUUUAUGCCUACAAUUUAAAAAAAAAGCAGCUAGCGUUACCUUGGUGGCUUUUUUUUAAAGUUGAGUUUUGUUUUUUAGGCACAUGCCUCAGUUCUUUAUGUAAAAAUACUUCAUACAAAUCCAGGUGAUAAAUGCCUUCCAAUGUCUGGUGCCUGUUCAAGCCAACCCAUCGUUUGAAAGUUGUUAGCUAUAGUGUUGUUUUAACAGAUGGGCAUCACCAUAAGAAUUAACCAUGAAGUCUCUUUAUCUCUGGUACUGGUCAUCAACUGGUGUUGGUCAAGUAAUGAAUGCUUGAGCAAGGUUUAACUACCUCUUAAAGUAACUGAAGAUUACAAGUUGUGGCCACUAAUUAUUGGUGAGUUGCAAUACCUACAAUUUUUAACACUAGACAGUGUACCAUAAAUUUCAUAUUGUAAGUUGCGACUUACAUAAGCAAUGCAGCAUGUUUCGAUUAGCUCCAUGUUUAAGUGCUAACUGUUCAGAUUUUAAAAUUGAAGCUCCAUACAAUUGAAGCAUUCAGAUCGAUUGACUCAUACUGAAAUGUGAAUGGGUCAGAUUUCAAGUUGCAUGUGAAUAUAUGGUGUUGCAUGAAGUACUUUUUAAAAAUGCAAUAAAUCGGUCAAAAUCAAAUAAAAA